AUGGCCAGGAGGCAGAACAAGCCUCCAAAGCAGAGCAAACAGACUGUGGAAAACAACACCGCACCUGUCUCUCAACAAAGCUCUCAUGUGCACACGCAGAGACCGAGAACCAUCUGGAGUAUCUUGAGCGAUCUCAGGACCCAACGAGCCUUGCAACUGAUCCUCCUCGCGUCGCUAUAUGCAUCAAUCUCGCAACUGACCCUGUCACCUGUCUACGGAGCUGUCCCCGCUGCCUUGUACCAUCGCUAUGGACUUACCGCCUCGUUUCUGCUUGCCUUUGCCCUGCGUGGUUAUUUACCCCCCUGGAUUGCCCAGGGCAUCACACCAUUCUGUUUCUGGAUUCCCACGAUUCAGUUCUUACUGUUCCAGCUCAGCGCGGUCCUCGGAAACCCCCUGGGCCCCGUGAUUACGGAAAGCUUAACAUGCUAUCCGUUGGUGGUGUUAUCUGUAUACGUGGCCAUCCAAUAUUUUGACAAAGUAAACGAAACCCAUUUGGACUCGCGCUACGGCGAUGCGGUACCAUCCAUGGGUCUGUUUAUGCUCUUCACGGUUUUUCAAAGGGCCUCCAAAAGCUUCAUCUCCUCAUUGGCCGGACCGGGCUUUCUCCGGUCUCGCAUCGGUCUACAACUUUUCAUCGCCUCGCUGUAUGGGAUGGUAUUGCCCAGAAGCCUUCUAUGGCCCUCCAUGCCAGCCGUCGCUUUCACCAUGGUGGCCAAUCCGCAUUGCGCUCUGUCAAAGACCACGCAGGUGCUGAACAACACGUUAGCUCUGUACGACUACACUCUACUGGAACGCAAGGAGUCCGUCACGGGCUACAUCUCCGUGCUCGAGGACAAUCAGCGUGGGUUCCGCGUCAUGAGAUGCGACCAUAGUCUACUCGGAGGUGAAUGGAAGAUGGAACCAUCAAAGCAGCGGAAUAGGAGACGGAGAGUGGGAGAGCCAAUCUACGCCGUGUUCACCAUGCUUGAAGCUGUCCGACUCGUGGAACCAUCAUCCAGCAACAUGGACAAGACAGCAUUAAACAUCGGUUUGGGUAUCGGAACUGCGCCAUCUGCGCUGAUAGCCCAUGGAAUCAACACCACAAUCCUCGAAAUCGACCAGGUGGUACAUGAGUUCGCGGUCAAAUAUUUCGCUCUGCCGCAUAAUCACAGCUACUUGAUCGGCGACGCCGUGGCAGCCGUUCGAAACGCCAAUGCGUCGGAGGCUGAUUCAUACGACUAUAUCAUUCACGACGUCUUCACGGGUGGAGCAGAACCUGUGGAGCUCUUCACGGCCGAAUUCAUGGCUGGCCUGCAUAUGCUGCUGAAACCUGACGGGGUGAUUGCCAUCAACUACGCCGGAGACAUUACCAUGCCCGCCUCAUCUCUCAUCUAUCGCACCAUCACAUCCGUCUUCCCAUCCUGCCGAGUCUUUAGAGAAGACGAAGCUCCAGCUCCUGGUACAAAAGCCGACGACUUCACGAAUAUGGUGAUCUUUUGCCGCAAACAAGCCAUGCCGAUCACUUUCCGAAAGCCUACACACGCAGACUUUCUUGGCAGCGGUGCUCGGAGAGAGUUCCUCCUGCCCAGACACGAGAUCCCACUGGGUGCAUUCGAGAAAUCUGGCGACGUCCUACGCAGCGGCAAGACAAAACAACUGGAGAAAUGGCAGGCCCAGAGCGCAUUGGGCCACUGGAGAGUCAUGCGAACAGUGCUACCAGAUGUGAUCUGGGAAAACUGGUGA